AUGCUCAAGACACUGUUAAUAGGGUUCGGGUGCUGUGCUUGUGUCCUGACCAUAGGCAUCCUCAUCGGACACUAUGGGAUCACCAAACCCGGGAGCCCUGCACCGUCCUGGGCUAAUGACGUGGUCAGAGAUGUGGAUGAGAACUUCAUCACUACCUUCCUGUCUGAGGUGGACAGUAAAGAAAUUGAGCAGAAUUUACGGGAGCUGACCAAAGUGCCUCACCUGGCCACUACAGAGGGAGACGAGCAGACAGUGCAGUUAAUGCUGAAGAGAUGGCAGGACCCAGAGACAGGCCUGGAUGAAGCCUGGAGAGAGGAGUACAGUGUGUACCUGUCCUUCCCUGACCCAAAGAAACCAAAUAAAGUCACUGUAGUGAAUGCGUCAAAUGCAGUGCUGCACACUCUGAGAGAAAAGGAAAUAAGUUAUACUUCAGACCAAGAUGACCCCAAUGUAGUGCCCCCCUACGCUGCGUACUCACCUCCAGGCAACGUCAAGGGAAAACUGGUCUAUGCCAACUAUGGAAGGCCAAGUGAUUACAUGCUCCUGAACCAGACUGUGGACCUGAGAGGCACUAUUGCCAUCACUAGAUAUGGAGGAACAGGUAGAGGUGCUAAGGCCAUUAAUGGAGAGCCCUAUGGUGUUGUGGGUGUAUUAGUUUACACUGACCCUUAUGACAUCAACGAUGGUCUUAUGUCUGACCAGAAUGAGACAUACCCUCACUCGUGGUACCUGCCCCCUACUGGGGUGGAAAGGGGUGCAUUUAGCACUCUUUUUGGAGAUAUGCUCACACCAUACCUGGCUGCUAAAGAUCACACAUACAGAAUUCCUGUCGAGGACAUCCCAGGCCUUCCCCCAAUUCCAGUACAACCAAUAGGAUUUGAGGAUGCCUCCUUACUGAUCUGCGCUCUGGAUGGGAAGGCAGCCCCAGUUGACUGGCAAGGAUCAUUUAAAUGCCAAUACAACUUUGGUGGUCCUGGGUUUAAAACUACAUCCACCUUUAAAGACAGUGAAGUGAAACUGGACAUUGGCAACUAUAACACAGUGAAGAACUCCUCAAAUGUAAUGGGAGUCAUCAGAGGAAGUGUGGAGCCUGACCGGUAUGUCAUGUAUGGGAACCACAGGGACAGUUGGGUCCAUGGUGCCAUAGACCCCAGCAGUGGGACUUCUGUGAUGCUGGAGAUCACUCGAGUGCUGGGCAGGCUGGUGAAGCAGGGCAAAUGGAGACCCCGUAGGUCCAUUAUAUUUGGUAGCUGGGGAGCAGAGGAGUUUGGCCUUAUUGGCUCCACAGAAUAUACUGAGCAAUACUUCGCCAAGCUCAGUGAGCGCACUGUUGCUUACAUCAAUGUGGAUAUAGCUGUUUUUGCUAAUGCCACUCUAACUGCAUCUACAAUGCCAUCUAUUCAGAAUGUUGUCUUCACUGCUGCUAAACAGGUCAAUGCACCUGGACUACAAUCUACAACUGUGUAUGAGAACUGGAUCAAAUAUUCAAACAAAACCAGUCCGACUCAUGGUGUCAUCCCCCGCAUUGGAUACCUGACAGGAGCAGGGAGUGACUACGCUUCUUUUGUCCAUUACCUGGGAAUCACCUCUUUGGACAUGUCAUACACUUAUGAUCGGAGUAAAACAAGAGCAAGGAUUUACCCAGCAUACCACACAGCUUAUGACACAUUUGACUAUGCUUCAAAAUACAUUGAUCCUGGUUUCACAAGUCAUCAGGCUGUUGCCAGGACAGCGGGGAACGUCCUGCUUCGACUGGCUGACAGCCUGGUGCUGCCUUUUAACUGUGGGGACUAUGCUGAAACAUUGGACGAUUAUCUGAAGGAGGCAGUGGCACAAUAUGAGGAACAACUGAAAGCCAAAAACAUAUCUAUGGAUCCAAUUAAACAUGCAGUGGACAGUUUUCGCAGGGCGGCUUCUCAUAUGGACGAAGUCAUUAAAACCUCAGAUCUGAAGAAUGAAUCACCUCUCAAAGUCAGGAUGAUAAAUGACCAACUCAUGCUGUUGGACCGAGCAUUCUUGGACCCACUGGCUUUCCCAGAUAAACAUGCUUACAGGCAUGUGAUCUGGGCCUCGAGCAGCGCUGGGAAACCUACCUUCCCCGGUUUGGCUGAUGCCUUCGAUAAAGCUGUGUCAUCAGGACAGAAGAGUGACUGGGACCAUGUACACUACCACCUGUCUGUCCUGACCCAGGCAAUAGAGGGCGCUGCACACACAUUAACUAACACCAUUUAGUCCAGAGAGGGAGGAGAACUUGAGCACUCCAGGAUUUAUGACAUGAUAUUCUGACUUAA